AUGUUCAAGUCAGUGUUCAGAUCAACAAACAGCCUGUCAACCAUUGCCAGACAGCAAUUCCAACUCAAUGGAUACUGCACAAGCACAGGUGGAUUCCAAUACAUCUUGUCAGAGAAGAAGGGAAAGGUUGGCAUUGUUACACUCAACCGCCCAAAGGCAUUGAACGCUCUCUCUGAUGGAUUGAUUGGCGAGAUUAACACAGCCGUCAGACAGUUCCAAGAUGAUAAGGACGUCGGCUCGAUCGUCAUCACUGGCAGCGAGAAGGCUUUCGCCGCCGGUGCCGACAUCAAGGAGAUGGCACCAAAGACUCUCUCAGAGGCCUACAACACAAACAUGUUGGCUCAGUGGCACGACCUCACCAAGAUGUCCAAGCCCAUCAUCGCCGCUGUUAACGGCUACGCCCUGGGCGGUGGCUGUGAGUUGGCCAUGAUGUGUGACAUCAUCAUUGCAGGUGAGAAGGCCGUCUUUGGCCAGCCAGAGAUCAAGCUGGGCACCAUCCCAGGCUGUGGUGGUACGCAGCGUCUCAUCAGAGCCAUUGGCAAGUCUAAGGCAAUGGAGUUGGUCCUUACCGGAAACAACCUGACUGCCGUCGAGGCCGAGAAGGCUGGUCUUGUCAGCAGAGUGGUGCCAGUCGAGGAGCUGUUGCCAGAGGCCAUCAAGACUGCCGAAAAGAUUGCUUCAUACUCUCAACUCACAGUUGCCAUGGCAAAGGAGGCCGUCAACGCCUCUUACGAGCUGACCCUUGCAGAGGGAAUUAGAUUCGAGCGUAGACUUUUCCACGCCACCUUUGGAACUCAUGAUCAGAAGGAGGGUAUGAGCGCAUUUGUAGAGAAGAGAAACCCAACAUGGCACAACCAAUAA